CAAACGAGUCUUUGGUUUUAUGAUUUGGAGCUGGAGAAGUUUGUAAUCUGUUGUUACUCACGACAUCCAUAGUUGGGAUUGGAAGUUAUAAACUACUGCAAGCCUAUUAUAACGGAUUUGAAUGGAACCUGGGGAAGAGCGCUAGGAGAAUGUGCUAGGAAAUAGAGGAAACGUAGUGGACUGUCUGUUCACACUUCAUUUGGAUAUAUGCAGGCUGUAAAGGAGGACAAAAAGAUAAAAAUGUAGAUAUCUUCGAUAUCCACCUUCAGAAUCCGUAGAACAAUCAGGAAAUCAGGCUUUUGUCCUGACUAAUCUCUUGUAUGUUGCUGUUCUUUCCCAUUGAAGACACUAAGCAGCACUUGAGCACUUAAGCAACAAUGGAGCCAAAAGUGAGGAGCCCAAUGAAAGACAUUGCAGCGAUGUGGGUGAAAAAAGAUGCAGCAGACACGAGAUUGUUGCCGGAAUACUGCACAAGUGCAAGAACUGGAGGCCCCAGUUUAGCAACAAAUGCCGAGGCUGACAUUCAGCGCAGUUUAAAGGCCAUUGUACGGGAACUGGACCAAAGACCCCCAGGAAGCCCAAGUAGCCGAGGAAUGUUUAGAUGGACAUUACAUAAGAAGUCUGAACGAGACCCAUACAACAGCAUUUUUCUAGUUAAAAGUCUCAUAAGUGAACUGGAACUGGCAAAGAAAGACAAUAAGCACUACAUUCUACCUUUGCUAAACAUCUUAAUGUACACAAUUAUUCAGGCUGCAUAUAUUCCUGAUGAUCUUCACGAAAAAGCAUAUAAAUUUUGCAAAGGGCUGCUAUCCUUCACCAAACCCUACUGCACCAUUGCACAUGAAUAUGCGGUUAUGUUAAAAGCUGAAAGAAAGGCACCAGGUAUAUUAUACCAAAGAUUAAUUAUUUCUGAACAUGGAAUGAAAAAUGACACAUCUCCACACUGGGAACGUGUUUUCGUAUUUGCUGAUCCUGAUCUUCUGUCUGAAGAGGUCUGCAAUGCUCUUUACAAUGAGAUCCAUUCGAUGAAUCCAAAUGAGAUAUUCAAUGUGAAUAUGGGUCAUGUUAUAAAACACACCAUACAAGCAGCCCUGGGAGAGACCUGCAAUAUCAACAGACUGGAUGAAGUCUUGCAGACUAAACCCUUUAAUGUGAUUGAGCGUUAUUUCCAGGAAGUGGUUACUAUCACAGAGCAGUCUUGUUUCUCGUCAGAGGAGGUGACUGGAGCACAGAAGAAACAUAUUAGCAAGUUGCAGCAACUUUACCAAACAAUAAUGAGCUCUGCACACCAAGUGCUUCCUACAAAAGACAAGCUGCAGAACAUUCUACUGCCAAAUCCAGAUAUCAGCUUUUUCAUCUGGAAGGAGGAUGACCUACUCUGGAAGGAGCUGGUGCAAUUUGUUAAAAGUCGAUGUGGCAGUAGCCAGGACUUCAUGCACAGUGAUUCUGACAAUUCUGAACUGAGUGAGACAAUAGACAGUCUUAACAUUGAGCAAACAAGAUUAUCAGUUCUGUCAAAUGACAGUGGUAUUGUCAAAGACUGUGGGGAUCUCCCUCUUUCAAAUGAUGUGCCAGCUGCAGGGGCCAAUGAGAAAGAGCAGACCAAGUUUGUCAGAAAAGCCUGCAUAAAGAAGAAGAGCUAUGAUUCAAAUAACACACUGAACAUUUCAGAUAUUUAUGAUAAUUCUACAACAGGAGGUAAUAUGAAACUUCAACGGAAGUUUGGUUGCAAUACAAUGCUGUUCAACUUCAAGCAACAGAAACCUAACACUGCACGUGUUGUAGUGCUUGGGAAUGAUUGCAUUUUGGGAAGAUUAGCGAAGGCUUUUCUUUCUAUCAGGAAAAGAGAAACGAGAAGGUGUAUUCUGACCUCAAAACUAAACCUGCAGUUCUACUACAUCCCAGUUAAAAAUGAAGAGCAGACCCCAGUGUCUACCAGCAAGGUCAUCCCUUUAUUGCACAAUGACUUUUCUUGUGAAAUGUCCAGGUAUUUGGGUAGCAUAGACCCCUGGUAUAACAGCAAUAUCAACAGCCUGCGUGACAUGAUACCUGAACUAGCCAGAACGUCACCACCAUCUGGACAACAGUCCAGUGCAGACCCAUUUAUUGUGGAUGUUACCUCAUACUAUGUACGAAUGGGAUAUCAGCCUGUUUGCUUUCAAAUUUACAGUGUAAUGUUUACUUUUACAGAUGAAACCAUUGAAUGUGUGGAUGACGUUUUCCUCAUUCAGCUUGAUGCAGAACUUCCAGAAUUGAAGUACACCAAAGAAGUCACAUUGACAAGAAAGAGGGCAGCAUCAGAAGGAAUAGGGGUACAAAUUGCAGUUGCAUACAAAAAGAUUGCAUUGAGCAACAGGGAAAAUACAAGACAGUUCAAAAGUCGAUGCACAGGUUUAGUGAUGAAAGCAAUUCCUUCAACUGAGGCUGAAGAUCUUGUUUGCCUGAAUGUAAAUAUCUCUGAGGUCACAAAUAAGUUAAACCUAUCUGGAAAAAUAUCUUUGAUUGAAAACAUCAAGAUCAAAACAUCUCAUAUAAAGGUUGAAGUCCAGGAUACGUUUGCAAAAUCUAUGGUGGUUUGUCUGGACAAGGAUUCUAGAAGGAUAUACAGGGAUGUUGUCAGCGUUGAAGUGUCUCCAUGUUUGGAACCUGGAUACAGCUUCCACAAAAUGAGGUCACUGAGAUUUGGUCACAGUCAAGCAGAAAAUGUUGGAUUAACUAAGUACAUGCCAAAAUCCCUGCUGUUACCGAUCAACACAUUUGUCGGUAUUCUGUAAGUCGAACUACCUGUUUCAACCUGGGCAACGGGUCACUUUGCCUGAAGAAACCAAUCAUUUGAAGCUGCUAGAAUAGUAGACCAGAGUCACAAUUACAAAUCCAAUUGUUCGGGAAUACCUCUUCUGUGUGAUGCAAUAUUUAAAAACAAUAGAGCUGCACAAUAUUAUAGACAUUUCCUUCAAGCCUGAAAGCCCAAAGAAUGGAACAUGAACCCGCCGAAUACCAGACGCACUGGGCGGAGUAGCUUGAAACUGAUUGAAAGUUAUCUGCAGCAAAUCAUAAAUGAAGGGUUUUGAUGAUGAAAUCGACUUUUAUUUUUGUCUGGAAAUUAUUCUUGACACUAUAGGCAGGAUCUUGUAUUUUGGUUCAGGACCCAGCAUUGGGUCAAGUGGGUGCCCAGAGCCUGCACUAUGUUAGAAGUAUUCGCCCAACAAUGUCAAUUGGUUGAUCAGUAGCCAAAGAUGCAAUUGCUGUCUGAUUUAGGUACCUCAAAGCUGGGUAGACCCUGGGUGGCCCUCCAGUAUGGAUGGAGUUGCAAUGUCCCAUUUACAGAUAGGGGAGAGAGAGGAUUAAACCGUGUUGACAUGUCCUCUCUCAAUGUUUAACAAAUGUCAACUUUUAAAUAAAAGAAUGUCCCUAGCUGCUGGAUCAUCAUUAUGGAGGGUGAACCUCUCCACAGGGCACCUUCUGGUGUAGCCGGAUGGGUAGGGAUCAAGGACAUUUGGGAAUGUUGGCUCCCUGGCCUGCUCUUAGGAGUUUGCCUCCUCCAGUUAGUGUUUGAUACUUGUCCUCCAUUGACCUUUUUAACUAGACAUAUUGGGCAGGUGGUAAUUUGACCUUAUACCAGCCUCCAGCUAAAUGGCUGAGGGGGCUAGGAUGGUAUCAGUCACCCAGAAAGCAGAAUGAAGUUCACACCUGUUCACCCAACCCCUUCCCAUCCCAUUCUCCCCCUCCACCUCACCAUCCCACCCAAUUCCGGGAUGAAAAUCUUGCCCUGUAUUUCAAGAGAUAUUCUAUUGUUUGUGUUUACAUACUGUGAUUUUUUUUUAAUUUUGCUGUCAAAAUUGUUUGUUACGAAUUUUCAACGCAAUAAAAUUAGUCUUAACUGGAUUCAGAUCAGCACAGUAAAAUCAACCAUUGUAAAUAGAGUAAUGAUAAUUUGAGCUUAUAACUAUCAGUAUUCACCCAGUGUUUGAACCCACUAUUGUUAUACUAACAGCUAACCUAUUUGUUACAAUGUGUAAUGGAAUUCUCAGAAAUUGGUCUUCAAUACAUGACAUUCCAGGAGGUCUUGUGGCACUGUGUGGUGGCGUCCCUACAUCUGGACUAGAAGCUUCAUGUUCAAGUCCCACUCAGCACCUUUUGGCCAUGGAUGGUGUAUUUGUAAUUAAUCUUACAGCUCAGAAGGAGGUCAUUCAGCCCAUCAUGCCUACAUCAGCUCUUCACAUGAGGAUCUUAGUGCCAACUCCUCUAUUUUCCACAUACCGUUGCACAUUAGUUUUACCCAGCAAAAAAAUUCAUGAAUGCUUCAACUGAACCUGCAUCCAUCACAUUUCCAGACAGUGCAUUCCAUAACCUCAAUCACUUGCUAAAUGACAACGAUUUUUCUCGUACUAUUCUUGCUUCUUUUGCAAAUCACUUUAAAUCUAUGCCCUGUCGUUCUUGUUCCAUUUACAAGCACGAAUAGUUUCUCCCUAUGCACUAUCCAGCCCACUCAUGAUUUUGAAAAUGUCUAUUAGAUCUCCUCUUUGGCUUCAUUCUUUCCAAGUACCAUCCCAAAUUCUUCAACCUGCCCUCAAACUGAAGUUUGUCAUUCCUGGAACCAUUCUUGGAACCAUUCUUGGAAAUCGCUUUUACACGCUCUCCAGUGCAUUCACAUCUUUCCUAUAAUGUGGCAACUGGAGCAAUUUACAGUACUUCUGCUCAUGUCUAACAAGUAUCUUGUAGGUUGAUUGUCAGCCUGUAAAUCCUUCGACUGGUCCUUCUGAUGGCAGGCUGGAGAAGCAGGAGGGGGAACCAUCCUGCAGAAGGCAAUGGCAAAGUACUAGAGUACUUUGUCCAUAAAUGUGGAUGAAUCCAGUGGAAGUUCAUGUUUCAGUAAACAAGGACAGGAGAAAAAAGAACAGUUAGAAAGAUGAAUGGAGUUGCAAUGGCCUUCAUAGGGAGGUAAGAAAUAUUUGGGAAUAAUUAACUAAUCCAGCGUUUCCUGUGACUGGGGAUGGUGGUAUUUGUAGUUACAAUAUCCCACUGACUACUGGAGGCUGAAUUACUGAAUACCUUCAAUGCUGACAUAGAAGGACUAUUAAAACAUAGAGAAGCCAGAGUUUGGUGAUCAGGCAGGAAGAGGGAGUUGAGAACAAGCUUACAUCAGUCAUAAUGAGAACUGGAGUAGGCUCAAAGAGCCAUAUAAUCCAGUCCUUUUUGUACGUUCUUCUUAAGAAAUAUUCUAAAAAAAAAUUAACAAAAAAUAAUCCCAGAUCUCUCAUGCAGUGAUUUAUUUUGUCUUGAAACAGAAAUUGAAGCUGUAUGUUAGCCACCUUUUAGAAUAUAAUUGCUAACAUCAUAAAAUUGUAAACUAAAAAUAUUUUUUUGUGGAAAGAAUUUACAGAACUAUUCAUAAACAGUGCAGGUUCAAAACAUAUCAAAGGUGCUGGUGUUAUUGCUGUGAUUUUAAUUUUUAAAGAAAAGUAUCUUCUGAUUCAGAAUGGAGAGCAAUGGACUAUGUGUCUGGAAAGUUGCUUCACUACAUAAGAAUAAAUACACUCGGGGUGGGGGAGUGUGGUCACAGGCUGGUGAAGGAAAAAUGAUUUCUUAUGGUAACUACUUGGAACAAAGUCACAAACUCCCUCUUUCUGCUUGGAAGGUGCAUUUGUAAUUAGUCAAAUAGGUUGAUUAUCAGCCUUUAAAUCCUUCUAAUACACUUGGUAAUUUAUAUAGAAAUAAUGAACACAGGAAAUCCUUUUCCAUAACAUUUUACACUGUUACUUCUGUUUGAUUUGCCACCUGACCACAUGUCUGUAAAAGUUUGUGAUAUGUACUUGUGUGUCCUAUAUAUAUAGUAUUUAUUGAAAUAUGUUUCUGUAAAGCUAAUAUUAUUUUUACAUAAUUAAAAUAUAACCAGAUUGUUUAGUA